AUGAAAAUCCCGUGUUGUUCGGUUUGCCAAACGCGGUACAACGAGGAGGAGAGAGUUCCGCUUCUGCUCCAAUGCGGGCACGGCUUCUGCAGAGAGUGUCUCUCUAUAAUGUUCGCGGAGUCUUCGGAUGCCACGCUGGCGUGUCCGAGGUGCCGACACGUGUCCACCGUGGGGAACUCGGUGCAGGCGCUGCGGAAGAACUACGCGGUCCUCGCGCUGCUCAACUCCACGACCGCAGCUGCGAACGGCGGAGGGGGAGCAGGAGGAGGGGCGAAUUUUGACUGCGACUGCACAGACGACGAGGAGGACGAGGACGGCCGCGGGGAGGUGGACGAGGAGGACGAGAAGCGGCGGCGGAACAGCCGCGAGUCGCAGGCGUCGAGCUCCGGUGAGUGCGAGCCGGUGAUCGAGGUCGGCGGCGCGCACCAGGACUUGAAGUUGGUGCGGCGGAUUGGGGAGGGGAGGAGGGCGGGUGUGGAGAUGUGGAUGGCGGUGAUCGGCGGUGGCAGUGGAGGGGAAGGAGGACGUCGGUGCCGGCACAGCGUGGCGGUGAAGAAGGUGUCGGUGGUGGAGGGGAUGGAUUUGGAUUGGGUUCAGGGAAAGUUGGAGGAUUUGCGUAGGGCUUCGAUGUGGUGUAGGAAUGUGUGCACUUUCCAUGGGACAAUGAGGCUGGAGGACAGUUUGUGCCUGGUGAUGGAUAAGUGCUAUGGAUCGGUUCAGUCCGAGAUGCAGCGCAAUGAGGGGAGGCUCACUUUGGAACAAGUCCUAAGAUAUGGGGCUGAUAUUGCACGUGGAGUUGUUGAGCUUCAUGCUGCAGGCGUUGUUUGCAUGAAUUUAAAACCGUCCAAUCUUCUUCUUGAUGCUAAUGGUCACGCUGUGGUUUCUGAUUAUGGACUUGCUACAAUUCUGAAGAAGCCUUCCUGUUGGAAGGCACGACCAGAGUGCGACUCUUUGAAGAUCCACUCCUGUAUGGAAUGUAUAAUGCUCAGCCCACAUUAUACAGCACCGGAGGCUUGGGAACCUGUGAAGAAGUUAAAUCUGUUUUGGGAUGAUGGAAUAGGUAUAUCUUCCGAAUCAGAUGCCUGGAGUUUUGGUUGUACAUUGGUGGAGAUGUGCACGGGUUCCAUUCCUUGGGCAGGUUUAAGUGCAGAGGAAAUCUAUAGAGCUGCUGUUAAAGCUAAGAAACUGCCUCCACAGUAUGCUAGCGUGGUUGGAGGUGGAAUUCCGAGGGAAUUGUGGAAGAUGAUCGGAGAGUGCUUGCAAUUCAAGCCAUCUAAAAGGCCCACUUUUAGCGCAAUGCUGGCAAUAUUUCUCCGUCAUUUGCAGGAAAUACCCCGCAGCCCUCCUGCAAGCCCUGAUAAUGGCUUAGAUAGUAAGGGUUCUGUAUCAACUGUGAUGGAGCCUUCACCAGUACCUGAAUUGGAAGUUCCUCAGGAAAAUCCUAACCAUCUUCAUAGACUUGUGUCUGAAGGAGAUACUACAGGUGUUAGGUUAGUUGGUGUCACAGCACUUCUUGUCUGA